GCCUAGUAGACGUGGCGCUGACGUCAACAUCCGGGGAGUGACCCGGUGCGAAUCCCGAAACACGAUUACCGGAGGUUUUUGUAAGGUCUAAGAGAGAGUCUAACACAGAAUUACCGGUGAUGUUGUCGGGUCUCCAUGUCCACGCGUCGCCGCCACGGUCAGAGAAACAGUGAGGAAGGGGUAUACCUUGGCCCCUCACAAACCCAGCCACUAAACAUACCUAACGGAACCACCGAAACACUGCCUGACACCAGCGACAUGUCCUGCCGGGAUCGCACUCAGGAGUUUCUGUCCGCCUGCAAGUCAUUGCAGGGUCGGCAGAAUGGGAUCCAGACAAACAAGCCAGCUCACAGUGUCUUGAAACAGCGAAGUGACUUCACAGUUAUGGCAAAGAGAAUCGGGAAAGAUUUAAGUAACACUUUUGCCAAACUGGAAAAGCUAACAAUACUUGCCAAAAGGAAAUCUUUGUUUGAUGACAAAGCCGUAGAGAUUGAAGAGUUAACAUAUAUCAUUAAACAGGACAUCAACAGCCUGAACAAGCAGAUUGCUCAGUUGCAGGAGCUGGUGCGCUCCCGGGGGAGCCAGAGUGGGAGGCACGUCCAGACACAUUCCAACACCAUCGUGGUCUCGCUGCAGUCAAAGCUGGCAUCGAUGUCAAAUGACUUCAAGUCAGUGUUAGAAGUCAGAACAGAGAACCUGAAACAGCAACGAAGUCGAAGGGAGCAGUUCUCCCAGGCUCCCAUCCCCUCCUCAUCUUUACAUGCCACUAACUUCAAGAGCUCAGUGCUGAUGCAAGACGAGUCACGGCGGUCCAAUGAUGUCUCUAUAGAGAUGGACUCCCGAGCCAGUCAGCAGCUGCAACUCAUAGAUGAACAGGACUCUUACAUUCAGAGUAGGGCUGACACCAUGCAGAACAUUGAGUCUACCAUUGUGGAACUGGGCUCCAUCUUUCAGCAGUUGGCCCACAUGGUAAAGGAGCAGGAGGAGAUGGUGCAGAGGAUUGAUGCCAAUGUGGAGGACACUCAGCUGAAUGUGGAGGCUGCGCAUGCAGAGAUCCUCAAGUACUUCCAGUCAGUGUCCUCCAACCGCUGGCUGCUGAUCAAGAUAUUCCUCAUCUUGAUCGUGUUCUUCAUUGUCUUUGUCGUCUUCCUCGCCUGAGUGGUGACAUUGGGGAGGAGAGGGGAAGAUUAAAAACUGCACAGUUGAUAAUACCAGAUGGAAGGAUGGGGGAGAAUGGGGGGAUUAUGAGAGUGGAUAUGGGUGCGACUGCUUUGAGUGUGUGGUUUAUUGAUAGAUACACAAGAUAAUGAAGUUUGGUUUUGAUGAGAAGGAAAAAAGGAACUUUACUGUACAUUAAACAAGUUUUUUUUUUCCUAUAGCUAACUCUUAUUCCUUCUCAUGGGACAGUGAAGGCCAGCUGUGUGAAAGUUACUGUAUCUGGGAACUAAUAGUUCAUCAUAGGUUUUUCAAGAUUUUCAAAAGUAAGAUCUGGAAAAGAAGUGGUCUAUGAAACAAAAAUGUUAAUGCAAGACACACUUUUUGUUCCCAGGCACAGUGUAUUGAUCUGUACUCCAAUUUAUCACCUUAUGUUAAGUUUAUAAAAUGUAAUAUUUCUGUAAUUCCUAGGGCUUUCAACAAUGAAUACAUUUUUCUUUUAUGAGAAUCUGGGGCAAGGUGGCAGUUAUAUGAUGUAUAUGCAUCCUUUGCCCCUGUCCUCCAGUCUUUGGUAUUUUACUAAUUUUGCCUCUUCUCUACCAGAGCACAUUUUUAACAGCACAGACCAAACAUUUUAUGGAAUAAUCAGUACAUCACAGAACUUCUCCAGAGAUACUGUCCAGGCUCAGAGGGGAAUGUAUGUGCAAUACCCAAGUACAUGUUGAGAACGACAGGUACACUUUAUUUCACGACCUCCCAUACCUAGAAGCUGUU